AUUUACACCACUAGAGGACGAUGUCUUGCAGCUUUAGGACUUGUCUGCAGCUUCACUGGGUUUGACUAAUUAUGCAGAAACUUUGUACCUCAACACGAAGGUAGUUCUGCAUUUCCUCACUGAUGUGUUGAGAGCGGCAAGAGGCUCACAUUUAUCAGGACAGUCAAAGUUUGAUGGCUGACAUUUCCUCUGCAUUUGAUAUCUCACAGAGUUCCAACAAUGGAUAUGUUCGCUUUACUAUGGAUAGUCUCUCUGGCUUUCACAGGUUUAACUGAAGGAGCUGGUGUGUUGCCAGACGGUCCUCUGAAUGCAGCUGUGGGAGGGAAAGUGAUGUUCACCACAACACUGACUCCAGGAACACCAUUUCAAUCAGUGACCUGGAAGUUUGGUAAUGAAUAUAUAUUUACUUGGAAUGUUAACAACUUCACUGAACCAGGGUAUGAAGGCAGGAUCACCUUCUUCAUGUCUACUGGAUCUCUGGAGCUCAGGAACCUGGCUCUAACUGACAGUGGAGAAUACUCAGUAACCAUUUCACUCCUUGGAGAACCAUCAAUGUCAGGGACCACAAGACUGAACGUAUACGAGCCAGUUUCCAAUGUAAUGGUAACUUCAGAACCAACAGAGCUGGUGGAGUUCAACAGCUCCAUCAGUCUAUCCUGCUCCUCCUCUGGAUCCUCUCUCUCUUUCCUCUGGCUGAACAGCAGCUCUGAGGUUACAGGAAGUGACAGAGUUCAGAUCACUGAUGGAGGAUCCACUUUAACUAUAAAUAAUGUGACCCGCUACGACCAGGGACCAUUCAGCUGUCAGGUGUCUAAUCCUGUCAGUGAGGGCACCAGUGCUCCACUAAACCUCACCAUCUACUAUGGCCCAGAAAAUACUAUUUUGACAAUAUCUCAGACAAAAGAGCACCAUCAGGAAGGAUCAGACAUCGUCCUGUCCUGCUCAGCUGACUCCCACCCUCCUGCCCAGUUUCAGUGGUUUCUGAAUGGAGACCUGCUGUCUGAUGGACCAGAGCUCAAACUGAUGAACGUUCAGAUAAAUCAAAGUGGAAGCUACAGCUGUCAGGCCUUCAACAACAAGACUCUGAGAUAUGAGACGUCUGCGCCUGCAUCCAUCUCUGUACUGAAGAAAGUAUCAGGCGCUUCUGUCACAUCUCCAUCAAACCUGCCGAUUGAGGGGAACUCUUUCAGAUUAAUCUGUGACGCUGCUGGCUCUGUCUUUACCAGAGAGUGGAGAAAGGGUGGCUUAGAUCUGACUCUGACUGUAAACAUGACCCUCACCAACAACAACAGAGAGCUGUCUUUCAGCAGUCUGAAUAAAGAGGACACAGGAGAUUAUUCCUGUAUUAUCAGCAACCCCCUCAGCAGCGAGGAAGCAAAGUACUCCAUGAUUGUUUUCUAUGGACCAGAAACAGUUCAAAUCACAGGUCCAAGUCAGAUACAUGUUGGAGGCACAUUUAAAUUAACCUGCUCGGCUGCAUCUGUACCACCUGCCAAAUACACCUGGACUCUGAAUGGGACAGUGAUACACAAUUCUGCUGUGUUUUAUAGAAAUGACACUGAAUUAUCUGACAGUGGCAACUACUACUGUGAAGCGAUGAAUGAUAUAACCGGGAGAAAAUCAUCAGCGGUCCAUGAACUGACCGUAACACAUGAGCCAGAGCCAGGGCCAGUACCACCAGGCUGUUCGGGUGGUUGCAUCGCUGGAAUAGUAAUCAGUGUUUUAGUCGUCAUUGGAGCUGUCGGUGGAGGGUACUACGUUUAUAACACAAAAAAACAACAACAAAGCAGUAACACAAUCAGAAACAACAACAAAGCUGAACCACCAUCUGAUAAUAAAGAACUAGAAGAGGCUGUGUAUGUAAACACUUCAGCAAUAUAUGAGAAUGUAUAGACUCAGCCGUCUUCUUUGUGCUAAAGGCCGUUCAGAGGAAGAAGAGCUUCACAACAUAAAGACAAAGCGGCUCUGAAAUGUUAUCACAUUAUUUUAAAUGCUUUUUCUAAUGUGUCAGCAAACACUUAUCAUGUACAGUGUAGUAAUACCAUGAAUUUCACAUUUUAAAAGGUCACCUAUUAUGCAAAAUCCACUUUAUCAUGUCUUUUCUACACUGUAAAAAAUGGCUGUGAAAUCCACAGUUAUUUACAGUGUUUGUGCACAGUAAAUGACUGUAUACCAUUUUAGAGUAUAAUACCGUGUUUCCAACCAAAAAUUACAGCAACUCUGGAGUUACUGUAGAAAUAGCAGUAGUAACGUCCCAACUGUAUAAAAUCACUGUAACCAACAAUGUACUGUAGAAGAUCACAGUAACCAACAAUGUACUGUAGAUAAUCACAGUAACCAAAAAAGAAAGAACCAACCGAAAAACCCCAUUUCUAGAAUAGCUAAAAUAUCUAAAAUAUCUUAAAUAAACCAACAUAUUUUUCUUAAUAUACAUAAUCUUGAUGCAGUGUAAUUACUAGUUUGGCUAUACUAGAUAUUGUAUAUACUUAGUAGAUAUAUAUUUUUAAGACCGUAUGUCUUUGCAAACCAGAAGAACUACAAAUGUGAUGCUGAUUCAUACAAAGAAUGUGUCUUAGCAUUGCACCUUAAAAACGCAACACAGAGGAAUACAAAUAGACAAAAGUAAGGUAAUAAUCAUCAAUUUUAUUAUUAUUGUGGCGGCUCAAUUCCCAGUCCAGUUUGAGUCGCCGAGAGGCUAAGUUUGGCUAUAGGCUGUGACGCGUUUUCAAAGAGAAAGUCCACACCGAAGUAAUAUAGUCUGACAAUAUUUAAUAAACAAAAACUAACGACAAACUAUAGGGACAAAAACGGUCAACAGAAAAAAAUAGGCUUGUUUGAGAUGAGCUGCGGCUCGCCUCAAA